AUUUUUCUCUUGCAUCUCUCCUCCUCUCCAUACCCCAUACGCCCUAUAAUACUCCAGUCCGCCAGGAUACAGGACGAAGCAUGUCACGCCUCGUUUCCCAGCGCCAGAGCUUUUCCCCGAGGCUCACGGCGCCCUCGUACGGCCCCUACUCUGCGGACGAUCCGUUCGCGUCGAGCAGCAGCCAGUUCUCCUCGCCUCGCGCCUCUCCUCGCCCGUCCGACUAUGUUGAGCGACCGCAGCGGGCCCAGCGGGCGUACCAAUCGGGCUCGGAGAUGCGCAACCUGACGGCGGUAAGUCACCUCUUCUCAGGUCACUCGCGUGCCUCCGACUGCAAUUGUUGUUUGGCUCGUGCCUUGCGGAGGGUGUUGCGGAUCAAAAAUCUCGAGAAGAGAUCUCUCGCCACGCCCCUUUCUCUUCCACGCACAAUACAGCUAUAUAAUAGACAAUCCCCCGCUGACACCCCCCAGCCCCCUAGCAGACGCGCCCCUGCAGCCCCCUGGAAAUCACGCGUCCCCCGCUCAGAGAGCAGCGACAUCUUCCUCCCCACCAUGGCCUACACCCCUCCUCACUUGGACCCGUCCAUACCGCCCAGCAGGGACAAUGGCUACGUCGAGACAGACAGCAUAUUCAGCGGUCGAAGCCAUUUCGACUCGUCUGCCAAAUUUGGUGCCCCCGUCGGCGCCUCGACGCCAAAUCCGUACGCGCACGGACCGACGACCGGCGCUCUGGGAUAUGAGCCUAUGGGAUUCAGCCAAGAAAAGCCUGUCAAGGGAGAAAGGUCCUGCAUCCCGACCAAUCCCACCAAACGCAGACUCCUCUUUUUCGGCGUACCGCUUUUGCUCGUUAUCGUAGCGGCGGUUGUCGUCGGGGCUGUGGUAGGGACGCAGAAAAACAAGUCAAGCAGUUCUUCUUCGGGUGGAUCUUCGGGUUUUUCGGACAGCUCUGGGAGCGGAAGUGAUAACAGUGGAAGCGGUAACUCAGAUGGAAGCAGCUCGCAGGAUACUUGGAGCUCAUACAUCACGACUGGAUCUGGUGGCGAUGGAUCUACCGCCACUUCUGAUCUUGGCAACGAGUUCACAUAUACCAAUCAAUACGGUGGCACAUGGUCUCAAAACCCGUACGAACCAUAUUCUGUCUCUGGUCAAGCUCAGAGUUUCAGUCCGAGUCUUUUAGAGGAUUGGAAAUGGGGCGAGCACGUGGUCAGAGGCGUCAACCUCGGUGGCUGGCUGGUCACGGAGCCCUUCAUUGUCCCCGGUCUCUACGAGCGAUACCAGAACACCACCCCCAAAGCUAUCGACGAAUACACUCUUUCCCAGGCUAUGGGCGAUAAUCUGGCCACCGAGAUGGAAGAGCACUACAAAACUUUCAUCACCGAGGAAGACUUUGCUUUGAUCGCUGGUGCUGGUCUCAACUAUGUCCGCAUCGCGCUUGGCUAUUGGGCUGUGGAGACUAUCGAUGGCGAACCAUACCUUCCCAAAGUGUCCUGGACCUACUUUGUCAAAGCCAUCGGCUGGGCUCGAAAGUACGGACUCCGUAUCUUGGUCGACUUUCACUCUCUCCCUGGUUCUCAAAAUGGUUGGAACCACUCUGGUAAAGGUGGUUCUGUAAACUUCUUGUACGGUGUUAUGGGUAUCGCCAAUGCCCAGCGAUCGCUUGAGACUGUGCGAUCUAUCACAGAGUAUAUCUCGCAGGAUGGUAUCAAGGAGGUUGUGACUAUGAUUGGACUUGUGAAUGAGGUCCAAGGAUACGUGGUUGGGCAAGACGUACUGGCUGCCUACUACUACCAAGCAUACGAGCUUAUUAGGGGAAUCACCGGCUAUGGUGCUGGAAACGGUCCCAUUGUCCUCAUUCAUGAAGCCUUCAGUGGUGUUGCCGCCUGGUCAGGAUUCUUGUCUGGUGCUGAUCGACUCGGCCUCGACCAACAUCCCUACCUCGCCUUCGCCACCCAGACUACUGACAACCACACUGUCCAAGCCAAGACUGUUUGUGGCUGGGGUGGUGGUACCAACGACUCUUCUACGCAGUUCGGUAUCACCAUCGGCGGAGAAUGGUCAAACGCCAUCAACGACUGCGGCCACUGGCUCGACGGCGUCGACUCCACACCCCAAUACGAAUCCACCGGUACCGGCAACUGCACUUUCUGGGAAGAAUGGUUUAACUGGUCCGACGCUACCAAGGAAAGUGUCAAGGAAUACACCAUGGCCAACAUGGAUGCGCUCCAGAACCACUUUUUCUGGACGUGGAAGAUUGGCAACAGUACCGAGAAGGGAUACGCAACGAGUCCGAUGUGGCAUUACAAGCUUGGCUUGGAGCAGGGGUGGAUUCCGAAGGAUCCCAGGGUUGCUGGAGGGUACUGUAAGGGGAUUGGCAUUGGCGGUAAUCAGUUCGAGGGCACUUACCCAUCAUCCGCUAUCGGCAGUUUUGCCUCCACUGCCACGCCCACCAUCGCCGCUGCUGAAAUCGCCUCACACUCCGCCUGGCCCCCGACUGCUCUCGGUCCCUCGCCUUCAUACUCUGCCGCUCAAAUCUCGCUCUUCCCGACACUGACGCAGACGGGCACGAGGAAUGUGUUGGCGACGGCGACGCAUCCUGCGAAUGCGACGAUCGGCGGUGGAUGGGUGAAUUCAGCUGAUACCACUGGGGCGUGGGUGAGAGUGAAGGGGUGUGAUUAUCCCGAUGAGUACGACGCGACAGCUGCAAGCGUUCCUACAGCUGUGUGUACUGGAAGCUGAACAAUAUAAGAAAGACAAGAAGGGCGGUUGCGAACGUUGUGGGACUUGUGGGACAUUGGUAUAUCUUUUUCGCUCAUCUGGGUUUUUGAUCUUAUGAUUACGACUUUGUUCAUUUCAUUCUCUAUUUCUACUUCUAUCUGGACGGUUUUGACGGACUAUUGCGUAUACAGAGUAUAUACUGGAUGACAUCAACGCCUUGAAUAUACAACUCAUGGUUACAGCGCAAGCGACAAAGACCAUGGGCGGCGUCACGUCAGCAUGACCGCGGGGUUCCAUGAAUCUCUUCUGCAAUCUCUUGUUUUGAUUCAAGAUA